CGUUUUAAUGGGAAAUGCCGGUUUAGGAGCAGACUGUUACUGGCCGUGUUGUCGCUCAGGACGCUCUCGUGCUGCAAUGCACGCGCUCCUGUGCGGAAAAACGCGAUUGUUCUGGACUACGUUGAUAUAUUUUAGAAAGGCCGCUGCUCUGGCUAAUAUUAGGCGUUUAUUCAGCUUUCGCUGUUAUGUGAGGUGGGCUAAAUGUGCGGGAACGCGUUAUUCGCGUUGACCUUUUUUUUUUUUUUUUUUAACGCUUGUUUAGCUUUAGACGAACCCGCCAGCAUUCCCGCUGCUCUCCAUUCACAAGGAAACCUGGACAACCAGGCGUGUGAGCCAGCUAACAAACCCAACAUGCGUCUUUUAAAAGUCUUUUUUUUGUUGUUGUUGUUGUUGUUGCGCCGAAUAAUGACGGCAGCGGUGAAAAUGUGUUUACUCGGCGUCGUGCUGCGUCAUCAGCAGCCAGGUUCCGCUCGGUUGUUCCACAAUGGAGCCAGUGUUAAUGCAGCCGCCAUGCUGCCUGACUCAUGCAGUCCACACACGGAGGGAAAAUGCGCUUUCGUUUGGAGGAAGACGUGUAUUUCUUUGUCAAGUUGUAACUUACUAGAGGCGAAACCAGAAAAUAGAAAUGCCCCGCUCUCUGGUUUCAUGUUCCGCUUUGCCCUUUGAUUUACAGCCCACCAUAAAAGGCUGUUUGGAGAGAGGGGGGGAAAAGAGAGAAGAAAACGGGCCUGUUUAACCAUCUGUUUUGGUAUAAAUUGGGGUUUUGUACAUUAAAGGCAAUGCUUAAAGCAUAAUCACAAUUUGGUGCCAUAAAAGUGGUUAUUACUGUGAAUCCAGGCAGACUUGAUAAACACUGGCCUUCCUGAACUCCAGCCGCUCUGAGUGUGACUCAUAGCUGUGGGGGAGAUCAGUCUGCUUUUAAAUAAAGAGGCCAGCUUACAUUAAAUCUUUCUAAUCUGAUCUCUUUUUAAAACAAAACGAAAAUCUCCCCAGCUUUGUUGUAUCUAAUUUGACUCUGUAUCUGUGGGACUUUCAAAGCGCUAUGGACAAGAGCCACACAGUGAAGCUUUUUGUGGGAAACCUGGCUCUGGACACCACCCAGGAAGAGCUGUCAGCCAUUUUUGAACCGUACGGCCAGGUUGUCAGCUGCAGCGUGCUGCGACAGUUCGCCUUUGUUCACCUGCAGGGCGAGGGGGCGGCCGAUCGAGCCGUCCGGGAGCUCAAUGGGAGAGAGUUUCGAGGACGGAAUCUGGUGGUGGAGGAGUCGAGGGGGAGGCCGUUGCACUCCACAAAAGUGUUUGUGGGUAAUCUGAGUGGGAUGUGCACCACUGAAGACCUUAAGCAGCUGUUCCAGACAUUCGGGAAAGUCCUUGAGUGUGACAAAGUCAAAGGCUAUGCCUUCGUUCACAUGGAAAACAAGGAAGACGCUCUUCAGGCCAUUGAGGCUUUGCACGGUACUUCGUUUAAGGGCCGGCCGCUGUCUGUAGAGCUAUCCAAGGUCCAACCCAGCAAGCAGACACCCACAGGGAAAAUCCCAUGUGUUAACUGCGGGAAGCAGGGCCACUAUGCUGGAGAAUGUCCUGUGGGCAAGCCGUCUUUAGAGCAGUACCAGAGCCAGGCAGCAGUCCUGGCCGCUGCUGCCGCCGCAGCAGCCGGCCUGCCUCUGCAAGUUCAACAGAGCGUGCACAAUUCAGUCUACAACACAUCCACCUUUGACCCCACAUACGCAGCUCUCACGGGAAUCACCACUGGCACACGUACUGAUGGAAACCCGGUGAAUCCAGCUGUCUACGGCGCCCUUGCCAGCCAGGUAUAUGGUGCUAAUGUGGCCAACCAGCUCUAUGGGACCGUGGCGAGCCAGGCAGCUCUUACAUCAGGCGCCACACAGGUGUACAGCUCAGUGACGCCCAAUAUCUAUGGCCAGGUGGCUGCAUCUCCAGCUGCUGCUGCUGCCGCCGCAGCGGCAGCUGCCGCUUACACAACUCCAGUUUACACCCCGACUGUAGCCAACCACCCUGUGUACCUGGCAGCAGCUCCUGGAAUAGAGAUGCCAGCAGCAGCAGCUACAGUGAACCCUGCUUACUCUGUAGCUCCUGCGAUUUAUGGUGCUGCCACCCCAGCCUACGCUCACAUCACCGCCAUGGGAGCAGCAGAUCCAGCCUCAGCCCUGUUUGAGGCUGCAAGGCAGGCUCACUACUUUGCCCAAGGCCAGCAGGUUGUGGCUGAUCAGCAGUCGGCUGCUGUGGCAGCCGCUGUGGCCAAGUCAGGAGAGAGAGACCGUAGUCCUUUACGCAGGUCGGCACCACUUCUGCCAGACCCGGUGAUGAAGCCAUUCAUAUACCAGCGGGCCAAGCCCCGCAGACCCUUGCUUCCGACACCAGCUGGCCGUGCAGCAGAAGAGGCGGUAGAGGCACCGGAAGACCCGAUGGCCAGGUACUACGCCGAGUACUACCAGCAGUUGCAGCAGUACCCUCAGUUCCAGUAUGCCUACCCAUCGAACACAAUGGCAGCCAUUGCUGGCAUGCCUGGAGUCACGGGAGUCUCCGCGAUGUCUGCCCAGCCAGUCGCUACGCUGGAAGCCCUCAGGCCAGUGGUCCCCACUGCUGCUGCAGUGGCAGCUGCCAUGGCUGCGCCCAGGGUGUAUGAGCCGCCGUUGCCGCCGCCUACGCGCAAGGAGGCCAUCCUCCACCGCCCCGAACUCUCCCUUCACACGCCUGAGCCCCCCUUCCGAUAGUUGCACUCAACUGUCUGCCCCCGCCCCCUCUCCCUCUUUGCCCUGAUCCCUCACCCCUACAUACCUUUUCCACUCAAAACUUGACCACCUCUGUGUGUAUGUGAGUGUGUGUGUUUGUGUGCCUGGGGACUGGCUGGGGGAUUUAAAACUGAGGGCUGAUGGGCUUAAUAACUUGCUUUACGACGGGGCUGAUCGGCUAACCUUGGUCCAGUUUGCAUGACCACAGUGCAGCUUUGAAGACAGGCCUUCAUCUAUUUUUAUGGGCAUUCUGUGUGCUUUUCUGUUUUAACUUAUCGUGCCAGUCUCACACUUGUGCCAGUAUUAGACUGACUGAGUCAGUCGUUUCUUUUGCCUUUAUUUCUGCAACCCAGUUAUGAUUUUCUAGGGCCAAAUCUCCAGUAAUUUACAUCAACCAUUCUACUUAGGCCUAGAUGAUCAGGUAGGGCAGCUAAUUUGAAACCUUUUUUGCCUUAUGUUGAUGAGUAUCAAUUUGUAAUGUUCUUAGAUGAAAUGUACACUUGUUGUGUACCAGCUGCAUUGUACUGUGUCCAACAGAACCAAGGUUAAAGUAUUUUGGGGAGAUUGUUUGUCCUGGAUGUGAUAUGGAUGUUGUACGUGUGAUUGCGUGAGACGUGCGGGCUCUUGAUUUUGCAGCGCACAAACGCAGCGGCAGCAGCUAAGUCUGCGCUUUGCAGAGAAAAAAAAAACAAUAAACGUAAAGCACACAUAGACGUACUGUAAUGUUUAUUCGUAUCUAUCCUCGCCCCCCUUCUCUGAAUCUCAUCCUCACCUUUAAACUACAACACUGAAAGACACUGCUUCACCUUUUCCUCUUCCCAACUACAGCUGCCUACCUCUUAUUGUAAAUUUCAUUGUAGAUUUUACUCUGUUCUGUACGUCUCCACACAUUUCACCCUAUCAGCAAUUGCAGCUCCAUGUAAAGCUACAUCAGUUCAAAGUCUGGGUAGCUGGAUUUAGUUUUUUUUUUUUUUUUAUGUAUUGUAUUUGGUCCUCUUUCAUGUUCAGAGGCCUUUUUAAAACACAGAAAAAAGUGUAAAUAGUUUGUUUCCAACAUUAUAGUUUACAUGUGAUAUAAGUCAACCUAUGGGAUGUGAUGAGUUUUCAAUGGGAAAAACAAUGCGCAACUACUGAACAGGUUUACAGAAGAUCUUUGGAUUGCAUCCUUUUAGAAACUAUUAUAUGUGACAAGGUCAGUCAUGUGCCUCAAAGCCUUUAGUGAAGUGCAUUAAGUGGAGAGAUCUCCCAUUUUAAGUGCUUUUUAAAAAAAUAAUAAUAAUUUCAACUAAAGCAACAGGAGCCUCAAAGCUCAGAAUCCAGAGGGCUACAAGUGGUAAAGCUUCCACGCCUCCUACUGGGUCUGUUUAUUGCAAACGUUUUUUUUUUUUUAGAAAAGCCACAAAGUGAGCCUCAGAGGUUCAUUAUAUAAGCCUUUGGUUUUAAUCAGAAACAGCAGUGAUAGCACCAACGAAGUGAGAGAUGGGGCAGUGUCUUCCAGUGGCCCCAAAAUAUCCACCAUUUCUCCAUCAAACGCCAGAUCUGCUUUAGAUUCUGAUCCCAAAAAGCAUAUUUGAGAAUGUUUUUAGUUUACUUGUCAAGUCCUCUGCAGUUCCUUGCAAAAAGAAGCAUUUCUACCUUUUGCAAUCUUGUCACUUUACAACCAUGAGUGUUGAUGUAUUAACUGAAAAUGAGCGGAUAAAUUUCAGCACAUAAUUGUGAAGUAGAAUGAAGAGACUUCAUGGCUUUCAAAUUUUUAGCCACAGAUGCUCAGUUAAAUGUUGGUCGGGUCAGUGUGAGACAUAAAUAUGCUUUGAUCUAGUGUUCUACGAUUGCCCUGUAUUUGGCUCCAUUCAUCCUUCUGUCAACUCUAAUUAGCUGCCCUGUCUUGACUGGAGAAAAGCAUGGCCACAGCAUGAUGCUGACACCACCAUGUUACACUGUGAGAAUGGUGUGUUCAGGGUGAUGUACUUUCGUUUAGUAUUUUUCCCCAUGCACAGCAUUUUGCAUAUAGGCCAAAAUCGGACAUUUUGGUCUCGUAUGAACGGAGCACCUUCCUCCUCGUGUUUGCUGUGUUACUUGCAUGGCUUCUUACAAACUGCAAACUGGACGCAUUAUGGCUUUCUUUUUGACCUUCUUCCCUAUAGAACAGAUUUGUUUAAUAGUUGUUUUAUCAACAGAUUUUCCCAUCUGAGCUGUGGCUCUCUGCAGCUCCUCCACAAUAACCAAUGAGCCUCUUGGCUGCUUGCUGAUCGGUGCUCUCCUUGUCUGGCAGUUUAGGUAGGCAGGUUUUGCAGUCGUGUUGUAUUCUUUUUACAGAGAAGCUGUGUCUAUGAUGGGAUUAAAUCAAACAGUUGUUUACUGAUUACCAGACUUCUGCGUUGGAUUUUAUGAAGACUUAUGAAAGAGAAUGUGGUUGAAUAUAGAGGUGUCCUGAUUCCAUACUGACAUGUACCAAAAGUCCUCCACCCAAACCUGUUGGUUAAUAAUAAAUGGGUCAGUUGUUCUCAUAUCAAUUGUUAUUGACUAUUGUUCUCUGAGUAACAUCACUUGAUCAAACCUUUUCUAACAUUCCUAACGUAGGUUUGAUUCGUGCUGAUAUCGUAUCGUGUCAGUACCCGUAUCAGCCAAUACUCAAAGCUGCAAUAUCGGUAUUGUGUUGGAAGUAAAAAAAACAAAAAACCUUUAGCAGGACACCUCUGGUUGAUUAUAAAUGUUCAAAUUUUUAUCUUUACACAAAUCCUGUCCUUCCACUUUACAAAUUAUGUUCUACGUUGCGUUGAUCUAUCACAGAAAACCCCAAUAAAUUACACUGAAGUUAGUGGUUGAAAGUGACAAGAUGUGAAAACGUUUUAGUGGCAUGCAGUAUGUUUGCAAGGCACUGUAGAGAGGGUUUAUGAAUUAUUUGGAUACUGAUUUAUUUAUUUUUCAUUUUUUUCUAAAUCUGGAAUUGGAUUUCUUGAUGCGUUUCACAUUGAUGCCAAAGUCCAGAGUGGUGACUUCCAUCCAUUUACAAUCAGCCCUUUUGUUUUGCAGCUAGUAUUUGACAGCAGACCAAUGCACAAACAGAAAAGACCUGAAAUCACCCGACUGCCUCAUUGUUUCCCGCUUCCCCGCUCCUUCUGUGGUUUUUAGUGGUUAUAAGUGACUUUUGCAUCUCAGAGUGUAAUCUUUCCGUGUCGUAUAUACAAACACAUACCGGUUGCAUCCUUUGUAGAAUUAUGUGGUUUGCAAAAUGUUUUGUUUGCCAUGUAUUUUUUUAGAACAGUAUUUUUAAUUUAGCCUUUUUUUAUAUAUAGAACAGUGAAAAAAAUCAGCAUGCCUUUUAUUGAGAAAAUGUAUACUUUAAACCUUAUACUGAUAAUAAAGAAUGUUUGGCUGACUACUGUGGUGACGGAAAGCAAAGGGUUUGGACAUUUCGCCUUCUUCCUCUUUAUGUUCCUCUCCAUUAUCUGUCUCUCUUGUGUAAAAAUGACCACCAGACUCAUUUGACUGGGGACCCAGGGGGAGGCAGGUGUAGAUGCUGGCCCAGCUAUGCUCACUUUGGUCAGGGUAAGUCCGGGUAGGAGCUCCUUCCUCUCUCCAGCCUCUCAAAUGAGAAUAUCCCAAAUUUAGAGUGCUGAGAGCGGCACCUAAAAUUGAUUUUCAUGCGUAAGAUUGCAUUGUACACAGUGAAGCUGCUGCGAGGGCUGGGGAGAGGCUCACAGAUAGAAUGGCCUGGGUGCAUUUUGAUCUGUGGAGCAGUCCCUGUCUUGGGGUUUGAUGGGUGUGCGUCUGGUCUGGUCCAAGUCUGGUCUCUCUCCUUGCUGCACCGAAUUCUCCCUUUUCCGUGUGUCUCUGUGUUCACUAAGCUCUCAGACCUGCAUGUGUGAUAAUCUGUAACUGUGCCGCAAGAGAAAAAAAAACAGCCCAAUUCGACAGUCCAGCUCUGAACUAACUAUCUCAACUGAAUUAGGUCACCGUGCUACCUGGAACACCCUGUGUGCUGCCUCGCGUGAGCCGUGGGGACGACUUUUAGCGCGACGCCACCGCAGUGGAAACUUGUUGUCUCUCUUUCUCUUCACCACCAAGGUAAAUCGACUAAAUGCAAAAGAAAGAAAUCAUGACAGCACUGACAUCUCUUCUCCCUAAUUGCCCCAUCCCCCUCCUCACUUUCCUUUGACUGUGGCUUGACACAACACUCCUACCCCUCUUCCUUCCCUCCGCCAUUACUACCUCCUCUUCUCUUCCCCCCUCCCCCGAGUCCGUAAUCUCUCUUCUACUGCAUCGGCAGUGUUUGUACCUGUAGCCUGGGUCUUCUCCUCACUGGGAGUGAUGGGCCGGCUGGGGUGGGGCAGGGUUAAGACCCCUUAGGAGUGAUCCUGUCCUGCAUCAGCAUAUUGAGGUGCCCUUUGUUCGGUUGUUGUGUGAGCUGGCGAACAAUAAAUGCGAUGUGUCAGGGUGUGCGUGAGUUUGAGUGUGGGUGCUAAAAAAACGGGAUACUUUUUGGGCGCCAUUUCAUUGGUCAAUGAGGCUUGGCGUAAGUGGACACACCCCAAACCCUUCCCCUUGCCAGCUAAUCAACUCCUGUCCACCGCCGUAUUCGCCGCCCUCAAUCCUCUUCACUCUUCCUUCCUCCUCCUCUCCCUCCUUCACCCCCCGCCCCUGCUCUCCCUCUUUGCGCAUCUCCUCACCUCUCCGCCGUCCACGCACACAGCGCUUUUUGUUUUUUUACCCGCCGGCACCGCCGCCACCUUGGAUCUGGGUUCCAUCGCUCUGGCUUGGACUCAACUUCCCAGAAUCAUCUACCUGACCCAAAACACCUCCCUCCCCACCAUCCACCUUUGUUACCAUAGACGCCCUGGCGUGCCAAAAAGGACUAUGUAUCUGUGGCGGCCCUCCUUUGGACUUUGUCCUGGGACACAGAGAGACUUCAGAGCUCGAGGAAUUGCUUUGCUACAACUGUUGAAUGUUGGUUGUCCAUAACAUGGCUCUGGCAGGGGAUGUGAAGGCAACGUGUAAUGUAAAGCAACUUGAAACAGAAGAUUGACAGUUGUCAGUCAGAAACGUCCUAUAGGAAAGGCUCUCAGGCCAGACUGACCUGUAGAUUCUCAUCAAUCUCAGGGUUCCUAUAGGACUUUUCUGUCACAUGUCGUCUUAGUAGCUUGUAUGUGUACUUACUCACUUUUAGGGAGAUCAAUCUCUGGACAAGGUUUCGGUUAACUUGUCUCGCAUUUUCCCUAAGAGUUUCUGGAUGGGAGUGAUGCUCCCUUUAUGCCUAACGAGCAAGAAAGCACAAAAUAUUAGAAAAUUUGAUGGGUUGAUUGAGGUGAGUUCUUGGUUUAGUUUUGAAAGCGUGGAUCAUAUCCAACAAUAAAAGGGUUAAAAAUCUAUUUUCGUACACAGGCCAGUUUUAUUGUAAUAAACCUAAACCAGAAUAGGGCCUCCGUCCCAACCUCCUCUCUCCCCACUGGUGCCUCCAUACCUUCUUCUUCACUCUCCUAGCUCCCCACUAAAGGCUUCUUCUGGUGCUUGUGAGUCUGGGCCUUCAAACAUGCUUGGGUAAAUGCAGUACUGCAUCUCUAGAAAGGAAAAGAAAACCCUGCUUGUAAAUCAGUUGCAAUGCAUCGCCCGCCAAAGCUCACUGCAGCCCCCGCCAACCUACUCCCACACCCAGACCCCACCCUCUGUCCACCUCUUUGUCUGUUGUUGUUUUAGCUAAAGAAAAGUGCAUGUGCAUAUUACACACGUGUCAGUUCGUUAUUUUGAGUGGGAUCCUGAAGGUCAUGUCUGUCCUCCUGCAGGGGAUAGUAUAUGGGAAAUCCAGAUAACUGCAAACUGGUACAUGUUUUUUUUUUUUUUUUUCAUGCCAGUCCUAUGAAGGGCCAAAAGUGCCACAAUCUAGUAAAUGUUAUAUUAUUAAAUAAAUACAUUUAAUAAGCAAACAAUGUGUUCUAUGUACGACUUAAAUAUUUACCAUUCUACUACUAUUUUUAUAUUGAAUACUUAUUUUUAGAUAUUAAAUGUGAAACUCAUUGAUUACAAUUUAAAGUUAGUAUAUGUUAAAAUUAUACAGAUUAAAGUUUGUAAUUUUUCACAGUUCCAAUCCUUCAUUAAUAGACUCAUUAGGACCAUGAACUCUAAUUGGUUAAUCGGCAAAUGAGACUGUUGUUCAGACCAAUCACCUUUAACUAGAGAAGUGUUAGCCCCGCCCUCUGACCAAUGAUGAAACGUAUUGAUGAUGUGCUGCAUAACUUCAGUAUUAAUUCCAGUAUUUCCAAUUUGAAUACUUUAUUUUACUUUUUUUUAACUAAUUAAUUUGAAUAUGGCACUUUUGUCCCUUUAUAGAUCCCAGUCUGCUAUUAAAACUUUUUUUGUGUGUGUGUGACUUUUUAAGCACAAAUUUGAAUGGGAAAGGACUGAUGUACAUAACAGCAGUGGCAAACCUCAAACUUUUUUUUUUUCUUCAUCUAGAGAGGGCGAACUUGACAGAAAGCGGUGUAGUUUUUACACACUAUUGCUGCAAGUAUUAUUUACAUUUUUGAUGUUGCUCAAUGAACAAUUAAAAGCAAAUAGCUGAAAAGUCUAGCGAGUUUAACACAAGCUAUUUUAUGACGAAAACUCAACAUGUUUACAUCGGUCAGAUCACUCGUUUCAACCGUUCCCAGCCUCACAAGAGGAGCAGUAAUGUAACCACUGAGCUUCCUAAAGUAGGUUAAUGGACCAAGCUUACUGUAGUUACAUCAGAUGUUUGAUUAAUUACUUUCUAAAUCACUCUAGAUU